CUUCUGCAAUGGGUUGUGGACUCAACAAGUUGGAAAAACAAGAUGAAAAACGGCCUGGUAACAUCUAUUCAACACUGAAGAGGCCCCAAGUAGAAACCAAAAUAGAUGUUUUCUAUGAGUAUCAUUUCCUGGAAUUUACAACUUUAAGCGAUGCUGAGCUACCAGGAUCAUCUGCAAUCAGGCUUUCUUCCUUGCGUGAUCUUCCAGCUCAGUUGCAAGAAUUGUACCAGCAGGGUUUCAUCUUGGCUGCUGUCCAUCCCUUUGUGCAGCCAACUAACGAGAAUGAAAGGACUCUCCAGGAACAAAUCUUCAGGGCUGUGCUGAUUAAGAAAACAGAAAGAUCAUUGAAAAAUGGUGCUGUUAGUGAAGGGAAUACCUUGGAGAUAGAAAGCUGUUUCUCCUCUGACCAUCUUCCAGACAAAUCAAAGAUGCCAGAUCUCAUUAAGAAAAUUCAAGAUGCGGCAAGUCGGGGCAUGAGGUUUGUUGGAAUAAUACCUCAGUAUACUUCCCAAAUGAACUCCAAGAGCAGUAGUGCUGUAAUAUCCAGCAGUAACAGCUCGAGAGAACUAAGAGGUGACAAAACUCCAUUAGACUUUCCUGAGGACUGUGCAUUGUUGGAUUAUGAAAAAGAUCGCACUAAUGGAAGCAAAAUCCCCACAGCGGCAAGUGAGGAAAAUGUUGACCAGUGUAUAAAUCCUAGUGAAGAUCUGAGAGGUGAAGGGCAGGUUACUGAACAGCUCAGUUUAAGCUCUGCUGAAGAAAAGGGAGGGCAACUACAAGAAACUGAAAUCUUUGCUGUCUUCAACAAACCAAAGACUUCACAGAGAUCCAGCCAAUAUUACACUGUAACAAUUCCUAUGAGAGUAUUCAACAAUGGCCAGAACAUUUGCAGCUUAGAAGCUAAUUGGCUGGAGCACAUGACGGAUCACUUCCGGAAAGGGAGCACAUUGGUGAAUGCCAUCUUCAGUCUUGGGAUGAUAAAUGAUUCCUUCCAGGGUAUGACAGAUGGAAUGUUCAUCUUUGAAGAUCUUUCUCUGGAAGAUAGCAAAAGUGUACAGGGCUAUGAUGCUAUUGUUGUAGAACAGUGGACUGUCUUGGAUGGGGCUCGUGUGCAGGCAGAUUACAUUCCCCUGUUGAAUUCUCUUGCCAUAUAUGGCUGGCAGCUGACAUGUGUGCUUCCCACACCGGUUGUAAAGACAAACAGGGAUGGGAACUUAGCCACUAAGCAGAUUGUCUUUCUUCAGAGACCCUUCCUGCCCCAGAAAAUCAAGAAGAAACAAUCUAAGUUUCAUUGGAGAUUCUCCAAAGAAGAACGAUACCACAAGCAAGCCAAGAAAUCUCUGAAGGCAAAACUAAGUGCCAAAGAACAGCAGACAGCAGAAGAAAAGCAAGACUUGGAGCUCACAGAAAACACAAGGAAUUCAGAGUCGCGGUUUUCUACCACUGAAGGUAUUUUGCAGUUCCCAGUAAUCUCAGAUCAACAGCUUGAUGGUGUUGAAGAUGGAAGAACUGAAGCUCCUGGGCACAAAGAUGUGCCCAGCUAUGAGAAUGUCAUGUCUGAAGAACAAUCAAAUGCAUGUCACAAAGCUGAUCAACACAUAGGAGACUUGUGUUUGGAUCAGAAUGGUAAACGUGAUAACUAUGAGAACCCAACAUUCCAAGAGCACUGUGCUCUAGAUGACAGUGGUUGGGACUGUUCAGCCGAAAGUUGUUUUGAUGCUGGUUUUGACAGUACAGAUAUCUGAGGGUAGUUAUUUGCCAAAGCAAACCAUUUUGAUUAUCACUGUUUGAAAAUUAAUGUAUUGUUGGGUUUUUAUAAGUACACGGCGUAAACAAAUAGUAUCACAUUUGAACUUUGAAUUGCAUGCAAACAUGCAGUCUUUGUUAUUCAAGAAAGCCCAUCAAUAUUGAAAAUUGGUUGCUUUUUAAGCCAAACAAAAUUAUGUUCUGAAUUAUGUUCACAUUUUAAAAUCAAAGUAUUAUUGAUGUGUUUGUCAUAUUUUUAUUUUUGUUUUGUCUAAUGGAAUUCAGGAUGUAAGAAGCUUUAACGAAGUGGCUAUAGUUGUAUUUCUCAUAAAUAUUUCUAUUUGUAUUGCCUUUGGAAUUACUUAGCUCUUACACAUAUUUAAAGCAAUAAUGACGUGCUUUUUCUGGGAAACCACGAGUAGCAGAGGGCAAUGAUUGUCUAUUUGCUGAGGAACUUUCUUCAUAUAGAUAUCAUUUGAUCAAGAUUAUGUUCUGGAUGUUGAAACUACCAGUCAACUUGCCACAAUAUUUUCUGGAGGUCAAAGGGAGACUGUCGUACAAAGUGUGCAUAAAGCAUAACUCUUUAGUUUGUAUAUAUUUCCUGAAUGGUUAGACACUGGGAUAUUUGACACCAGCUCAGAUUGCCAGUAUGUGCGUUCUUACUGAAAAUUUUCUACAAGAAAAAUGUUAGCAUUUAAUAGGUGAGUGGAAGCACUAUGGUCUGUGUGUGUAAAGUCCUGUUAAGUUGCAGCCGACUUAUGGUGAUCCCUUAGGAUUUUCUAGGUAAGUGAUUAAGCAGAGGGUGUUUGCCAUUGCCUUCUUGUACAGACUUCCUUGGUGGUUUUCCUUCCAAGUACUGACCCUGCUUUGCUUCUGAGAACUAAAGAGACUGGGUAUACCAUGCCACCUUCCCUCUCACUACGGUCCUAAAAUACACCAAUUAAUAAGCAAAUUCACAGACACACACCCUUUUAGCUGACCAGUACAUGAUGUACAAAUAAGUAAUUGUUCUUCAGUUAAAAGUAUAUUAAUCUUUACAAUAAAACUUGUGUAAAGCUCUGGAACAUCUUUGAAUUCUUAAUAACUAACUUCUAUAGUUGUUUUUCUCAUUACUAGGCAAUCCCACUUAGAGCUGCAUUUGGGCAAUGUGUAGAAUCUGUAAAGUGUUUUGAAAAUGCCUUUUGUCCUUACACAAAUUGGAAGUUGGAGCCUAUAAACAAUAUAGUUUCUUUUCCCUACUGGCUGAUGUAUGUCUGAUAGUUCCCAUUAGUUUUUCUGUAAAGUAUUUUGACUCAAUAAAAUGUGGUCUCUAGGUGCA